GGGGUAUUUACCACAAGGCAAACAAGGCAUUUGCUUAGGGUGGCAUUUUUCAGGGGGGCAGCACCACUCCCUGGAAGAAGGAACAGAAGAAGGGGCCCAUGCGGCAUGGGGACCAGGUGGGAUCCGAGAGAGGCUGCGGACUGUUUGAAGGUGUAUGAAGAGCCUCAGAGACUCUCAUUCCAGGGGAUGUCUGGACCUGUGAAGGUGGGGACCUGUGAAGGGGGUGUACGCUGUAUGGAGGGUGGUGGUAGGGCCGCUGAAUGGAGGGUGGUGGUAGUGGAAGGCUUUCUCGGAUGGGGG